AUGACGGCCAUAUCACGACAUUGCGUAUUGCCCGAGACGGCUUGGCUCGGGGCAAUCGUCGCGCACACCGAGUUCACGAAGAAGCUCGACGAGCUCAAGAACCAGUACGAGCAGGACACACAGCACGAAGUCGCAGUUUUUGAGACCAAGAAAAAUGCUAUCCUCUCACAGUUCGAGUCACACCUGGCCGACUUAGAACGUUUAGACUCGGCGCUGGGCAGCACAUUCUUUAAGAUUCUUGUCGAAUGGAGAGACUUGCACAUUUUCGAACUAGAACGGACAUACAAACAGCAGCAGGAUGAACGGACGAGGCAUUACGAGCAUGAGCGAAAAAGGUACAUUGAGGAGAAUUUCGCCGCUAUGAACAAUGUCAUGAGCGUUGAAGUGACAGGGUUGAGCAUCGAACAAGACGAUUCACAAGCAGGAGCUGUGGGUCCAAACGAGGCGGCAGCUCCGUCGCAGAUUGACCAUGUUGCUGGUCAGAUCGGAAGUGUUGGAACUGCCAGCGCAGCGCCUACACUUGAAGUGGCUGAGCCUUCAUCACAACCGCCGAGGGAUUCUCCGCCAGAGCGACCAGACCCGGAGACAUCUGGAUCGAAGGCUGAGAGUACGCCAGGCUCACCCAAAAUCGGCCCUUCCGAAGAACCAAGCGCCCGUUCGCCGGGUGGCAUUGCGGCCCAUGGCCAAGCCUCGGACGCAGAUGAGCUUGAUUGUUCAGUGCAGCCUCCACCACAGUCGUCCGCUGGCCUCAACCACGCGUCGAGUUCGGAGACGUUGAGACCAGUAACUCCCCCUUCUGCUGGUAACCAUGAGCAGCCUCUUGCUGAUGCAGAGACGCUCACGCGCGGUAAUGACGGUUUUCAUCCUGCUCCGCCAGUUGAAAAUCCUCUUAAACGCAAAGCUGAUGACGAGCCUUCUUCUGCCCCGAGCCAUAAGAAGCGGCCCAAGCCGGAACAUGCCGGCGACACCAAAAUCGCCGACGUUGCACCAUCCGGGGUUGAAAUCCGUCCGCAGGUAGCUGCUAAGCGGACGAUAUCCUUCGCCGAUGUGUAUCAAGAUCCCCAGUAUCAUCACAUCAUUGUCCAGUAUCCUACUGGCAGUGGAGAUUUCUACAUUCUAAGAUGCGAUGAACACGGGGUGCACUUUGGUGAGCAUCCGCUUCGCGGAGCAGCCAAACACCUUGCCGGGGCGCAACACGACCACAUGACAAAGGCACACGCGGUUGCCAUAGAGAUGCUUGGCCAUCUGGUUGUGGAUUGCACCCAAGAACUGGCAGACAGAAACAACGCAAAGGUCAUUGAAGCCUUUAGACGAGGUUACAAGGUGUUCAACGCCAAUAGCCUUAGUCAGACGAAACGAGCCGAAAUGGGUUAUCCUCCUCUGGAGACUCCCAGUACCCAGAAGACUUCCUCGCAGCGGCUCGGCAAACAGACGGCUUCUCCCGGCCGGUCCAAGAAGCAGUUCACCGGAGUCAUCAACCCAGUGCAAUGCAAGUUCUACUUGAGCUAUGUUCAGCAGGAAGAGGUCCAAUGCCCCGUCUUAAUCCUGCCAUGGGGCAACUUAGCGCCAGCCGGGUUGCAAGGCACCCUAGCCGAUACCGGCCUCUUCAGUGAGCAAGCCGACGCCCCGGAACCCCCCAAAUGCUACGUAUAUGACCGUGUCGAUGGCCGUAUCACGGGAAUCCGGGGCUGGGCGAGCGGAUACGAGGAUGGGGGCCCGUUGGUGAGAAACCGGGAGUUUCCAGUUUUGUGUGUCGACAACCCGGACUUCCGCUCCUGGUCUGUGGGUUGGGUAAAUGCUGCGGGCCUCUCCCGGCUCAGCUUCAAAGACUCCGACUCACAAAGCGUACCCUUCUUCCACGCAGCGCACAGCUACUAUGUUGAACGUGUCCUGCGCCACCGGAAGGCCGCCGAGGCGAAGGAAGUGCUAGUUGACCAGGAUCAGCCUCGGCAGGCCCCGUCAUCAGUCACUGUUGAAGAAGUUGAAAUGAGGGAUGCUGGCCCAACCCAGGCCGAUUAUCCGGAACGCGAUUCUGACCAAGACUCCAGUAACAAAGCCAUGACAGAUUCCGACAACGAAUUGGGAAAGCUCGAUGAAGAGAGCCGGCGGACAAGUAUUUCCAACCAAGACGAGCAUGGAGGAGAGAUCACUUCCAUGAAACCCACGGCAACGGUUGAUGUUUCGCUUGUCAACAAUGCCCAAUUGAUCGCGACUAAAGCCCUCGGGCUGCAGCCCCCAUCACGAAGCGGCUUCAAGCCCAUCAAUGCUGGUUCUGAAGCCCCCGUCACUCGGAGUGCCUCAGCAAGUCUGGAGCCAUUAUCGAGAGCCGGUUCAAUGCCAGGCAGCGAUCGCGCCGAGAUUCUGCAUCCCCGAAACAGCAGGACAAGCCCCAGUCAACCAGUGUCUUCGAUAGAUGAGCAAGGGGAUGGAAACCCGCAACACGACCACCCGAUGAGCCGAUCCCGGACCACUAUGCUCAAGCCCAACCCAGCCAGUCUUCAGAGUAUUCUUCAAGAUGUUCUCAACCAUACCAUGCGGGAACCCACCCCGUCUACCCGAGAGAAUAUGAAAGGGACCUUAGACCUCCGAUCCCAGAAUGGAUCUAUAAGCCGGCCAGUCAUCGAAUUCGCAGAAAUGCAGGCGCCCACCCUUCCGGCGCCCGCAUUGUCCACUACUGACUCACUGCCCUUGGUCGAUAACCGGGCGCAGUCAGUGCCGGUACAGCAGACGAGGCCGCUUGAGGAAGAGAAGCGGCGUGCAGACAGUGCAUCGGCGGCACCUUGCCCUUCCCUUGGAUCCACGCCUUGCACGAUGGUUUCAAAACCAAUUCCAGGACGCGAACAAUCAUCGAUGCCGAUCGGAUAUCACCCCCAGCCGAAAGAAUGGCCGCAACUCCUUCGAAGUGGCGUCGCCACACCCGUCUCAACAUUGAGGACGAGCGCGUUCAAUACACAGGACAACACACCUAUGCAGGCCAAGCGGAGCACUCCUACCCCGGUCUCCCGCAUGGCCAGGACUGGCGCGUUAAGCCAGUCGGCCCUGGGCACGAUUCCCAGCACAACAGCAGCUGUCUUUGACCUCGCCGGCUUUAAGGAAGGCGACGCGGAACUCUUUAGUGCGAGGGUAGCCGGUCGCUUUCUGCGGCUGGUGGAGGAUCCUGCCAGCGGGGUUUUCCGAACCGGGCCUGACGCGCCUGUUUCGCUUACAAUUGACCCGAAGGGCAUCAAAUCAGUGGCGAGAUCGAAGUCGGAGGCCGGGGCGGUGUGCAUUGCCAGGCUCAUAUACGAGGGGGGCCGCACGCAGACGCUGGUAUUUGAAACCAGCGGAAUGCAGAGCGGCAAGGUGCAUGCCAGGAAAUUUUGCGCGCGGCUGCAGUGGUGGAACCCAGACAUCACUGUCGAGAUGCCGAGCAGCGGGUGA